CUAAGAGCUUCAACACCUUAUCCUUUCGGUUUUGUAUACGAGAAAGACGCCCAGAAGCUCUGAAGGUGCUUAGAAAUGUCUUCUAACUUAAUUCAUUCCUCUUUUCUGCACUCUGCUUCUUCUUCUUCCUCCUUUGGCUGUAAGCAACAACCACCGCUUUGCAAUGCGUUCUCUUUCAAGCUCAGAGUGCCCACUUCGCCAAGGCCUCUGAUUGUUCAAGCCCAUUCCAGAACCAGACGGGAGGACCGGAUUGCGCGCCAUUCUCGUAUCCGCAAGAAGGUUGAAGGGACUCCAGAAAGACCGAGAUUGUCUGUGUUCCGCUCUAACAAACAUCUCUAUGUUCAAGUCAUUGAUGACACCAAAAUGCAUACUCUGGCAGCUGUUUCAACAAUGCAGAAAGCCAUCUCAGAGGAAUUCGACUACAGUUCUGGACCCACCAUUGAAGUGGCAAGGAAAGUGGGUGAAGCUAUAGCAAAAUCGUGUCUGGAGAAAGGGAUCAGCAAGGUGGCGUUUGAUCGAGGUGGAUACCCUUACCAUGGACGUAUUGAAGCUAUUGCUGAUGCUGCCAGAGAAAAUGGGCUCCAAUUUUAGGAGUUCUGAGAUUUUUCAUUAUUGCCAUUAGUCAGUCACUCAUGUUCCUUUGAUUCCUAUUUCCCUGAAUCAAGCAAACAGAAUUGCAACUUGUACCAACCAUGCUUUAAUUGCAGUUGUUGCUUCAUGUCUCUCUUCUACA